GAGAGGGUGGGGCACGAGGAUGCAAAGCUCAAGAGCUCUUCUGUCGCUUCCCAGUUCUUCCGGGAGUAGUCUGGUCUCUUCCCGCACCAGCAGCAGUGCCAGUCUGCUCCGUGCACACGAGUACGGAGGCGAGUUGGAGUCAUACUUAUCUCUUGUUGCUGGAGAGAGAAAAAAGAGGAGCCGCAAAGAGGGCAAGGCGGAGAAGCGGGGAGCAGCUGAGAUUGACUGGGGAAGACUGCUAGACGGUCAGUGUGAGGAGAUUCAGAACCAGGAAGAGGUUGAAGCGGAAGAGAGUGAAGAAUAUGGUGACAUCAAACAGUUCCUGAAGCCCAUGUCCGCACCAAUUGUGAGCUCAGAGAAAACAAAGAAGGAUGCUGAAGGCCCCGCUGAGUUGUCCAAUCAACCACCCAACACUCUUCCAAAGCUGCUCUCACGUGCAGCAGAUGGAGAUUUCACAUAUUCAAUGUCAAUGACUGAUUCAUUCAGUGGGGGCAGUAUAGCGAGUGAACUAGGUGUGGCCAUUCAACACAAGGAUCUUACAUGCAAUGCCACCAAACAACUAGAGCUUAACACAAGAUCACCUGAACCUCUAAAUGAAGAUCUUGGGCCACAUACGUCAAUGGAAGAUCAGAGAAAGCAAAAGACCUCUGCUGUUACAAAAUCUCGUCGAGUAAGUGAAGGCAGUUCCCAAUCAACUGAGGAUGACACAAGUGAUCCUUCCCUGUCCCAAGACCUGGCCCUCUCCUCGCACUUCAGAAACAACAUCUUCACACUGGAGCAGUUGGAGACACUAGACUCAGAGCCAGACCAUAACUCUAAAAUUGGAGCCACUGGGAGACCAGAUAAAGGAGGCUCUGCUACUAGUGAAGACAUUGCUCCUGAAGACGGUCGUCAAUUCCACAAUAUCGUGUCUCUUGCCGAUUUGGAUUCCCUACCAGCCGAGAGCAAGACUAAACUGCCAGAUGCAGUCAAUGUUCCCUCAGAGCUAGUUGUGCAUCAUAGAUACUCUGAACAAGACAGAAACAGUUCAGAGGAACAGAAGAGUGACGAUUUGCACUCUACUAGUGAGGAGAUAAACCAAGAGGACACAGAAACAUCUGUCAGAUACGAUGAAGACUUUGAAGAUGAAACAGUGGGAACCACUGCCUUGUCCCACAGCUCCCUAGACAAUCAGAAAUCUCUCGAUAGUGGUACCUCGUCCCACAACUCUCUAAACAGAGACAGACCUGCUGUGGAGCACAGCUCUCCAGACAAGCAGGGAUCAAUGGAGAGUAUCGACAAGUCUCUAUACUGGGAGAGAUCUGAAGAUAGUGAAGCAAAAGCCACUAGAUACUCUGCUACAGAGUCAGGAGAACUAGAUUACAGUUCGCAGUGGGAGAGGACCCAGUCCGAACAGACCACUACUGUCUGUGGUCCUGGCAGUAGAAAUGAAACAGCUCCAGGGACAUCCGGUAGUGGAGGGGUUACCACUAGUCAGCAGCAGGUGUUUAGUACUGGAGCUCCCAGAGACAGAGCCAGGCUCGGAGAUCUUCACCAGGGAUCAGGAGAACCACCGUACAUCAAAGAUGGACCUGGUGAAGCAUCACUGCCUCUAACUCAUCAACCUCCCCUCAGCCUCCCUGAAUUCCCUCACCUCCCACACUAUUCUCCUCUUCUUCCUCACCUCCUCACUAACACCACUGGCCAGCCAGUGUUCUCAUCUUCGUCGCAUGUGUCUGAGGCCCUGGAGGACCUGGUUCGUUCCCAGCUGGCCCUCACCAGGAGUUUGGUAGACCGCUCACGCUCUCUGGCCCAGUACCUGACCGACUCAAUCACCCCUGACUACCACUACACCACUCUGGAGGACACCAAGAAGGUCGUCAUCAUAAUUAUACCAGCUAGCAGAGAGAUAGGGUGCCUGUAUUUGACUGCUCUGCCAAGAUGUAUGUGUUGAGACAAACUCUAUAUAGUCACAGAGAGUGUAUGUUUAUAUUGAUACUGGUACGAUGUGAUACCAAAUUGUCAUACAAAGUGUUAGCAGAAAAUGGUAUAGAGAGCAUUUUUAUAGAGAGUAAAAUGCCCUGCUACUGAACUACUAUGCUCUUUGUUCUGCAGUACAUCUCGCAGCACAGACCAAGAGUUCUAACCAAAGAAGAAGCUCAAAAACUUGUUUCAAAGGAGGAAGAAUUGUAGCCAUCAUCAUAUUUUAAAACAGAAAGCUUAUGAAAGAGACAUCAUAAUUAUUAUUGAGGCAGAAAAAGCGGCUGGGACCCUUUACCACCACACUACAGUAGACAGUAUAUACAUUAUUAUUAUACCGGGGUAAAUUGCUGGUAUAUUGACAUUGCGUGCAAUGAGUU